AUGGCACCUUGGAACCCCACCAAAGCAAAAGUGCAACUCCGCCUGUCCGUCCAAAGGUUGAGGACAUCACAGGAGAAAAAGAGUGCACAGGCCAAGGCAUCCCGGCGCGAUAUUGCCACCCUCUUGGAAAAGGGGAAGGUCGAGACUGCGCGAAUCAAAGUCGAAAACAUCAUCCACGAGGACAUCCAGAUUGAACUCCUAGAGCUCCUAGAGCUCUACUGCGAGCUGCUCAUUGCCCGGUUCGGACUGCUGGACCAGAACACCCGGGACCCAGAUCCCGCUGUCAGCGAAGGCGUAUGCAGCAUCAUUCACGCAGCACCACGGACGGAGAUUAAAGAGCUUCAUAUCUUACGAGACCUCCUUAUGCACAAGUAUGGUCGCGAGUUCUCCGUUGCGGUGAUGGAGAAUCGCGAUGGAUGCGUCAGCGAACGAGUCAUGAAGAAGCUCACCAUAGACAUGCCCUCUUCCGAGCUAGUUGACGCCUAUCUAGCGGAGAUCGCAAAGGGCUACGGUGUGAACUGGGCGCCACUGGUCACGCCAGGGAAGACCGAUGACGAUGACGAAGGAGGGGGGGUGAAGGAGGCGACGGCAGAAAAGCAGGCUGUUCCGGUCAUGGCUGCAUCUGCUGCCUUUGCCGAGGGCAAAGGGGACAAGCCUCCCAAACUUCCAGACCUCCCCCCAACGGAGGAUGAUGACACCAAGGGCGCCGCGUCUACUAACAAUAAGCAGGAGAUCUCGUCGCCGCCAGCGCCGCCAGACGACUUUGAAGUGCUAGCAAAGAGGUUCGAGGCCCUUAAGAAGCGUUAG